ACCCAGCUUUAACGAAUUUCAUUUGUGUAUUUUACCAAAGUAAUCUCAAAACCUUCGAAUCAUGUCUUGCUCAAGCGGAAAGUGCAGCUGUGGCUCAAGCUGUUCAUGCGGCAGCAGCUGCAACUGCAACUCAGCCGACAUCGAGAUGUCGACCACCACCACCGUGAUCGUGGACGGUGUUGCACCCCAGAUGACAUUUGCCGAGGGAUCCGAGACCAACUUCGUUGCUGAGGGUGGAAACGGAUGCAAGUGUGGCGCAAACUGCAAGUGUGAUCCUUGCAACUGUUAAGCAACGACCGAUGAAACGACCCAAACAAAAGAAAUUAUGUGUUUGAAAUGAAAUGAAGUGCGUUUUCGUGUUGUGUUUCCGUGUAAUAAAUAAAGAAAAGUAUGCUAUGGGUAUGAAUGUUUGAUAAUUUGGAAUUGCAGUGGGGUUUCCAUGUUUGCUUAAACGCUAUAAAAUUGGAGUUUGUUUGGGUCUUCAUAAGUGCUUUGAUGUAUAAUUGUAUGUGUUGAUUGAAAUGAAGUUGUAUUGUAUUCCCUUUUUCUCCUUUUAGAAAAGCAUUUGGGAUC